AUGACACUGUAUUUUAAUGUCUCGUGUGAUUCUGCAACGGCCAUGAUAUUUCAGUUAACUGGUGCCUGGGUGAGAUUCAUGAAUGAGAUCUCAACCACCUCAUCACGACCCCCCUUCAAGAACCACCUCAUCACGACCCCCCUUCAAGAACCACCUCAUCACGACCCCCCUUCAAGAACCACCUCAUCACGACCCCCCCUCAAGAACCACCUCAUCACGACCCCCCCCUCAAAAACCACCUCAUCACGACCCCCCUUCAAGAACCACCUCAUCACGACCCCCCCUCAAGAACCACCUCAUCACGACCCCCUUCAAGAACCACCUCAUCACGACCCCCCCUCAAGAACCACCUCAUCACGACCCCCCCUCAAGAACCACCUCAUCACGACCCCCCUUCAAGAACCACCUCAUCACGACCCCCGUUCAAGAACCACCUCAUCACAACCCCCCUUCAAGAACCAUCUCAUCACGACCCCCCCUCAAGAACCACCUCAUCACGACCCCCCUUCAAGAACCACCUCAUCACGACCCCCCUUCAAGAACCACCUCAUCACGACCCCCUUCAAGAACCACCUCAUCACGACCCCCCACCCUCUGAGUGCUGGUCAACCCCGUUUGGUAACAGUGUCGCGAGAGAGCCGGGCGUCCGGGCAUAAAUUUCCGAAGUUUUGA